AUGAACAUCUUAAGAAAGUGUGUUUUUUUGAAGCUCACAUACAUGAUUAUGGGGAUGGCCAAUGCAGUAGCAGAGGUUCCAAGUGACUCUAUUUUUAGUGUGUCUAAUGAGAGAAAGAUGAUUAACAAUUACUUUAGUGAUAAUCAAAUCAAAGAGUUUUUAGAGUCUGUGUGCAAUAUAGCCGACCGCAUUAUGGAAAACACCGAUGAAAUCAAGCUUGUUACUGCUGCCUUAGUGAACAAAAGAAAAAGUCUGUCUGAGCCUUUGCAAAUUAUAGGAGAUGUCUUUCUUCGAAUCUUUGAUAAUGGAAUGGGAGAGAAAGAUAUCAAGUUUUUCAAGGAUUUCUUUAUUCUUGUUCUUGUCAAGCUUAUCAACAUACCAGACAUCGUUGGAGAGGUGGGUAAUGCCUUGAGUUGA